UCAAUUGACGUCAUCAAAACUUUUGGGCGUGGCUAACAAAAAUUUUUUUUUUUUGCUGAGAAAAGCGUAAACUUGCUACCGUCAUUGUUCAUCAAUGGCGUCUCCCACCUCUAUAAAGAGGCUGACCCAGGACUACAAGAGACUAAAGAAAGACCCGGUCCCUUACAUUGAAGCAGCACCAAUAGAAUCAAACAUACUAGAAUGGAGAUAUUGUGUCAAAGGUCCAGAAGGAACUCCUUAUCAUGGUGGUUACUAUCAUGGGAAAUUGGUCUUUCCUCCGGAUUAUCCGUUCAAACCUCCGCGGAUCUUGAUGAUAACUCCCAACGGUCGAUUCGCAACAAACAAGAGACUCUGUCUAUCGAUAUCAGACUUUCAUCCGGACACGUGGAACCCGGCCUGGUCCGUGGCCACUAUUUUAACGGGACUACUUAGUUUUAUGGUGGAGGCAUCACCGACGGUUGGUAGUGUAAGAUCGUCUGAUGAAGAGAAGAAGCAGCUGGCUGUCAACAGCUGGACUUUUAAUCUUGAAGAUCACGUGUUUAACAAGCUGUUUCCUGAGCUGGUGUUGGAAAUAAAGGAGAAACUUAAAGAGAAAGAAGCACGAGAGAAAGAAGAGCAAGAAAAAUUAGAACAAUAUGCCGGAGGACAUCAACUAGCAGGAAGAAAUAAGCAAGCCGAAGAGAAUAACUUUUUAAGUACAUGUAUAUCGCUACUGUGGAACAUAGCACCUUUCGUACUCUUUGCUAGUUUUGUAUUUAUAGUGCAACUAGUCAUAAAGUCAUCAUGAUAGCUAGUAUAGCUGCUACAUGUACAUGUAUGUCGUCUCUUCUUGUUUUCUCUCUUUUUUCUUUCGCUUUUUUUUAAACGAUAUUUAAUCAAUAGUCAA